GCCCACCUUCCUCCCACGUUGCGCAUGCCCAGUGUGCCCUGCUGCUUUGCUUUGCUUUCGAGCAUCUCAACCUCUGUGACCAGGUAAGGGCAUUCUGGAAGAUGAGCUUUGGUGAGCCGGUUCAAACAGAACUCUGGGGGUCCCAAGAGCUUUCGGAUAUGCAAAAGAAGAAGGAGUGAUUGGUCUCGACUUAAGCAUAUCCCUCCCACCCGCCACGGUCAAGAACCAGGGUGCACAACGCAAUCAUCUCCACUGGAGGGGCGCUAAUGAAGACAGGAUGACAGGCGAUGAAAAGAACUACAACUCCCAGUAUGCAGCGCGCAACGCGGUUCCGGGAGAGGCCGGCUGUGCACUCAAGCCUGGUCUCCGUCCAGAAUCUGGACCGACAGCUGCGGGCUGACAAGGUGAGCAGCUGGCACAGGAUGUGAGUGAGCACUGAGGUGUGAUCCGGAGACCUGGGGAUGCCUGGAACUUAGGGCUCUGAGAGUCAGCUCGCCGGCCCCGGUGGACAUCUAGAGUCCUAUCGCCGGUGUUCCCAUUGGACCACACAUCCGGACGUGACGCAACCGCGAAGGAGGAAGGGAGAGGCGGAGCGUCGCGGUGACGUCCUCCCAAGAUGGCGGUGAGAGAGUGAAGAAACUGUUUCCCUUGGGCGGCUACGGAUCGAGUGAAACCCCAUUCUGCUAUCAAAAUGCAGUAUUCACACCACUGUGAGCACCUUUUAGAGAGACUGAAUAAGCAACGGGAAGCGGGAUUUCUUUGUGACUGUACCAUAGUGAUUGGAGAAUUCCAGUUUAAGGCGCAUAGGAAUGUGCUUGCCUCCUUUAGUGAGUAUUUUGGCGCGAUCUACAGAAGCACUUCUGAGAACAAUGUUUUUCUUGAUCAGAGUCAGGUGAAGGCUGACGGAUUUCAGAAACUGUUGGAGUUUAUAUAUACAGGAACUUUAAAUCUUGACAGAUGCACACAUGUGUCCUGCAUGCAUGUGGAGUUCAGAGACCAGUUUGGGAGACUCGCUUCUCUCUUCACCUUGUUGAGUUGGAAUGUUAAAGAAAUCCAUCAGGCCGCUGACUAUCUCAAAGUAGAAGAGGUAGUAACUAAAUGUAAAAUAAAGAUGGAGGAUUUCGCUUUCAUUGCUAGUCCCUCUUCUACAGAAAUCUCUAGUAUUACUGGAAACAUCGAAUUGAAUCAGCAGACCUGCCUUCUUACUCUGCGAGAUUAUAACAAUCGCGAGAAAUCAGCAGUCUCCACAGACUCCAUUCAGGCAAGCCCUAAACAGCGGGCAUUGACAAAGAAGUCGUCUCAAAGUAAAAAGAAGAAAAAGGCUCUCAAUUCCCAGAAACCAGGGCAGAAUAAAGUGGUGCAAUACCCCAGUGAUGUUUUAGAGAGCGCAUCUGUUGAAUUAUUCCUAGAUACGAGUAAGUUGUCCUCACCUGUAGUAGAGCAAGUCAUUCAAGGAAAUGACAACUCAGAACUUGAGUUGACCUCAGUUGUGGAAAAUACUUUUCCAGCACAAGAUAUUGUGCAAACUGUUACAGUCAAACGGAAACGUCGAAAAUCACAGUCACAUUGUGCCCUGAAAGAACACUCCAUGUCUAACAUAGCCAGUAUAAAGAGUCCGUAUGAGUUGGAGAACGCAGGGGAAGAACUGGAUCCAAGGUAUUCCAAGGCCAAGCCAAUGUGUAACACGUGUGGAAAGGCAUUUUCCGAAGCCAGCAGCCUGCGAAGGCACAUGAGAAUACACAAAGGGGUCAAGCCCUACGUCUGCCACUUGUGCGGAAAGGCGUUUACCCAGUGCAACCAGCUAAAGACGCACGUGAGGACCCACACAGGGGAAAGGCCAUAUAAAUGUGAACUGUGUGAUAAAGGAUUUGCUCAGAAAUGCCAGCUGGUCUUCCAUAGUCGCAUGCAUCAUGGUGAGGAAAAACCCUAUAAAUGUGAUGUGUGCAAUUUACAGUUUGCAACUUCUAGCAAUCUCAAGAUUCAUGCAAGGAAACACAGUGGAGAAAAGCCAUAUGUUUGUGAUAGAUGUGGGCAGAGAUUUGCCCAGGCCAGCACACUGACCUAUCAUGUCCGCAGGCACACUGGGGAAAAGCCUUAUGUGUGUGACACCUGUGGAAAGGCAUUUGCUGUCUCUAGUUCUCUUAUCACUCAUUCUCGGAAACACACAGGUGAAAAACCAUACAUAUGUGGUAUUUGUGGGAAAAGUUUUAUUUCCUCAGGAGAGCUCAACAAACACUUUCGAUCCCAUACAGGAGAACGACCAUUUAUCUGUGAAUUAUGUGGAAAUUCUUACACAGACAUUAAAAACUUAAAAAAGCAUAAAACAAAGGUCCACUCUGGUACAGAUAAAACUCCAGAUUGCAGUGUAGAUGACCAUGCUGUAAGUGAACAAGACUCCAUACAGAGAAGUCCUUUGUCAGAAACACUAGAUGUGAAGCCUUCUGAUAUGACUCUGCCCUUAGCACUUCCACUUGGAACUGAGGACCACCACAUGCUUCUACCUGUCACGGAUAGUCAGUCUCCUACAUCAGACACACUGCUGAGGUCAUCCGUGAAUGGAUAUUCGGAACCACAGUUGAUUUUUUUACAACAGUUAUAUUGACUUUGAGGACAUGGAGUUGCUAGGGCAUCCUUGGCAGUAAGCAUAAACAUGUCUGGUAAGGUGCAUAUUCAUAUAUACCCCCACUCAUUUGAACUGUGUGACUGUUAGUUUUUACUCACGGAAGUAAAAGCACCCGAUACUGCAUCAGUCAGUGCUUGUUUUGGUUUUUGGCUUUUAUUGUAGACAACCAGCCUGUGAAGGAGCGGCUUCCAGCACACUAGCACUGUUUUGGGUGGGUAGGUUUUAGACACUCUUAAAGCUGCCUUAAUUCCAUCUUCAUUUUGCAUUGUAGACUUGUUUGUUCCUUAGGUAGAAUCUGGCCUGGGAUUUUUUUUGUUGUUGUUCUCUCCUCGGUGUUUAAACAAAGUCUACAGUAAUAUCAACUUCAAAGUGUUUCUGUUUGUAAGCCCUGUGGACCAGUAUGGAACUGUCGGAGGAAUUCAAGUUCAUGUUUAUGUCUAUGAAAAUUUAGAUACUAAGGAAGAAUUGUGCUAUUUAUUAAUAUAUUCCUUUAGAGGUAACUUUUCUAAUGAAGCCAAACGAAGUAUUUCUCUUAAAACCCAGAAAAUGUGUGUAAAUUUUUGUUCAUUUAGAGUGAAUUCAGUAUUCUGGAGAAAACCAGUACUCAGAUCAAUUUUUGUUUGAGUUGAAACUAUAUUUUUUUAAAUAGACAUUUGGUGUUUUUAAGUGGUCAGAAGACAGUUUUGGAAUUUGAUUCAUUUUAUAUUUUAUUAGAUUUGUAGAUUAUUGGAAGUGAAUAUAUAACAAGUUUUGAAAAAUUUUGAUAAGCCUAUCUUGUAUCAGUUAUGCACUUUUUAAAAUAAAUGUUCUAAAAAGAAUUUUCUAGAUAUAAAAUACGUACUAGAAAUCACCUGGCUUCUAAAUUUGAUAUAUUACUUAGAAAAAUCAAGAAACUUGAGUUUAUGCCUAAGGCAACACACAUACACACAACUAGAAUUAAUAUCCUAACUUCAGUUAUAAGCUAUACUUUUGGAUUAUCUGUUUGUUUACCAUUUUAUAUUUGAGUUCUCUAUAAACAUGGGUUUCUCAAUUUUAUAAAUUAAACUGCAACUUUUGGUUGUUAGCUGUAGCUUUAUAGUGGUCCUUUCCAUCCAGGCUGGGUGUAGAGAGCUCAGCAUUGCCCCACCCCCAGGCCUGCUCUCUCUCACUGUUCUGCAUACUAAUUGAUUUCACUUUGCAGGGUAAGUUGCAGUUUCCCAGUCAGUUCCUGUUGCUGUAAGUCCUGGUGACUGUUCCCCAUCUCUGCCAUCAAUUAGUUAGGUCUCACUUGUUUCCAGGACUUCAGCUGCACUGGAGCAGACUCACGGUGUUCACUUACACUGUAUUCUUAUUCUCCGUUUGGGUCCAAAUCACACAACUAAGAAGACAUACUAGAACACUCAGUUGUUACAAACUGCAGGUGUCUUCCCACUUCUUAGAGCUAUAGCAUUUUCACAGAAAAUUACGACCAGUGAGACUGAUUUAACUGGAGCGUAUGAAGUACCACCUUUGUAUAAUAAACUUAUUUUAUUAUUUAGCUAAGAAAUCUGUGUGUGUGUUAACUGAACAUACUGAGUUUGAAUAAAAUUUGUAAGGUAUAAAAUGUUCAGCUAAUCUUUUUUGGUUUAAGAUCAAUAAAAAUUUACUGGAAUAUAA